UCCAAACCCACAGCUUAACAGCCUUAACUUAACCCUCUCUCUCUCUUUCUCUCUCUCUCAUACACACACAACAUGGGUCAUCUAAAAUCCAUCUUUUACACCCUUGUUACCACAAUACUAAUUCUCAUUCCAUUUAACAAGUUCUUAUUCUCCCACUUCUCCACACCUUUUUUCACACCAAUCCUUCUCUUAGUUCCUCUCAUUGUUUACUACUACUUCCACUCUAUUUCUAACCACUCUACCAACCUCCCUCCAGGUCCUCUCUCUAUACCAAUCUUUGGAAACUGGCUCCAAGUUGGCAAUGACCUAAACCACCGCCUUUUAGCCUCCAUGGCUCAAACCUAUGGCCCCAUAUUCCUCCUCAAACUUGGGUCCAAAAACUUAGCUGUUGUGUCCAACCCUGAGCUUGCCAACCAAGUCCUCCACACACAAGGUGUUGAAUUUGGUUCACGCCCACGUAAUGUUGUGUUUGAUAUCUUCACAGGCAAUGGACAAGACAUGGUUUUCACAGUCUAUGGUGACCAUUGGCGCAAAAUGAGACGCAUCAUGACGCUACCAUUUUUCACCAACAAAGUUGUGCACCAAUAUAGUGAUAUGUGGGAGGAAGAGAUGGACUUGGUUGUACAUGACUUGAACAAAAAAGAGGAAGUGAGAACCAAGGGAAUAGUUAUUAGGAAGAGAUUGCAAUUGAUGCUUUACAAUGUUAUGUACAGGAUGAUGUUUGAUGCCAAGUUUGAGUCACAAGAGGACCCUUUGUUCAUUGAGGCAACAAAGUUUAACUCUGAAAGGAGUCGAUUGGCUCAGAGUUUUGAGUACAAUUAUGGGGAUUUUAUUCCUUUGCUUAGACCAUUCUUAAAUGGGUACUUGAACAGGUGCAGAGAUUUGCAAAGUAGGCGGCUCGCAUUUUUCAACAACUAUUUUCUCGAGAAAAGAAGGAAAAUAAUGGCUGCCAAUGGAGAGAAGCAUAAAAUAAGCUGUGCGAUUGAUCACAUAAUAGAUGCUCAAAUGAAGGGAGAAAUCAAUGCAGAAAAUGUGCUAUACAUAGUCGAGAACAUCAAUGUUGCAGCAAUUGAGACAACAUUAUGGUCCAUGGAAUGGGCUAUAGCUGAGUUGGUCAACCAUCCUCAUGUCCAACGCAAGAUUCGCGAAGAAAUCUCAACCGUCCUAAAGGGCCAAGCAGUCACGGAAUCUAACCUCCAUGAGCUACCAUAUUUGCAAGCCACUAUAAAAGAGACAUUGAGGUUGCACAGCCCAAUACCUUUGUUGGUACCCCAUAUGAACCUUGAAGAAGCAAAACUUGGGGGUUACACCAUUCCUAAAGAGUCAAAGGUGGUAGUAAAUGCAUGGUGGCUAUCAAACAACCCUGAAUGGUGGAAAAACCCUGAGGAAUUCCGGCCAGAGCGGUUCUUGGAAGAAGAAUGUGGCACAGAUGCUGUGGCUGGUGGUAAGGUCGAUUUUCGAUUCUUACCAUUUGGCAUGGGUAGGAGGAGCUGUCCCGGUAUCAUUCUUGCACUGCCAAUAUUAGGCCUUAUCAUUUCCAAAUUAGUGUGUAACUUUGAGAUGAGGGCUCCUCUUGGAAUGGAGAAGAUUGAUGUGAGUGAGAAAGGGGGGCAAUUCAGCUUGCACAUUGCAAACCAUUCUACAGUUGCCUUCGAGCCGAUUAUGGCAUGAUUUGGCUAGAAGAUUGUCAAAGUGAAUGGCCAAGAAUCAAAAGGGCGGUGCUAUUUCCAUUGAUUGUUUGUACUUUUUUUUUUCUUCCACUGUAGUAUUAUUGUUCAUUUUUAGUCCCUCAAAAGAUUGGUGAUAAAGCAGAUUCAACAGUUCUAAUAAGGGGAUGUAAUAAGUUGAUACAUGAAAACAGUAAAGGGUUAUAUACAAAACGUCUUUCAUU